GUUCUUCAAAUGGAGGAUGCUUUCUGCCCUGAUAGGUGGCGGGAAAGUAAAUGUUGUUUACCGUUUGUGUACAGCCUACAGUAAAACCACUACAAUGCAGCGAUCAAUAGCGUCAUUUUUCUCAUCAGGUCCAAAGAAGGAAUCUGGUGUCAAAGACAAGGAACCCUUGAAACAGAAGAAUGUGUCGCCAUCAAAGCUAGAUGACUCACCAAUAAAGGGCCCUGCAAGAAAACGAGCCCGUGUCAUAGAGAGUGAUGAGGAGGAAGAAAACAGUGUUGGGUCUGCUGCCCGCGACUCCCAGGCAAAGUCACCUGCAAGUAAACCCGCCUGCCCAUCUCCUGAAAACAAGCAUGUUGCACAGAGGCUUGAAAAAAUUAAUGAAGAAAAGACAGAGAGAGAAAGCCAGGACUCUGGGGUGGGGUUACAGUCUCCAGUGAGAUCAGCCACAGUCACACCUGUCAAGUCACCCUUCCCCGCCAGGAAAACAGCCCGUAAGAGUAUAGGAGGAAGCGCUCGGAAAAAGAUUCCAAGUACGAUCAACGAGGGUCGUGAGGAGAUGGAGACAGACUCACCACCGACAACACAGGAGUCAACAUUAGUUUCUAUAAAGACUGAGCCAGCCAGUACAGAUACAACCGAGGAAAUGACCAAGGAAAUUACCAAAGACAACACAGAGGGAGGCAAUGUCUCGGAUAACGCUGUCAUGGACAAGGAGAUGUCAAACAGCAAGGCAGAUGAGCAGGAGGAUGAAGCCAUGACGGCAGAAGACAGUAUGGAGGAGGAAGAGGCACCAUCAGGCCACCAGAAGAAGAGCAAGGCCGGUAAAGGAGUGGACACACCAAAAGGCCAGAAGAGAAAGAACAGUAAAAAGGAGGAAACUCCAAAAGAGAAAAAGACAAAAACAACUACUCCAACAUCAAAAAAGAAAGGUAAACAGAGCCCUGUGAAAGUGAAAGAGGAGCCCAAGUCUGCGGUGAGCUCAGAGGAUCAGAAAAAUACAGACAGUGGCACGGAGACAACAAAUGUCAAAACAGAACAGACAGACAAAAAGCCUGCUGUGAAUCCAUUUGCCAGCAUGAUGGGUGGGGCAAAGGUGGGGGGUGGACAGGAGGAUGGGUACAACCCAACCAAGGCCAACUACCACCCCAUAGACGAUGCUUGCUGGAAACAAGGAGACAAAGUACCAUAUUUGGCGCUGGCUAAGACUUUUGAAGCUAUAGAAAACGUUUCAGCUAGGUUGAAAAUCAUAGAGAUUCUGUGCAACUUUUUCCGUUCGGUGAUUGUGUUGUCGCCAGAGGAGCUGUUGCCAUGUGUGUACUUGUGCCUGAACAAGCUGGCACCAGCGUAUGCAGGGGUUGAGCUGGGGAUUGGGGAAACAGUGCUUAUGAAGGCCAUUGCGCAGAGCACAGGUCGGAGUAUGGACAAAAUCAAGGCAGAUGCCCAGGAGAAGGGAGACCUGGGUAUUGUAGCUGAGAGUAGUCGAAGCACCCAGAGGACGAUGUUCCAGCCCGCCAAGCUCACUGUACCCGCUGUUUUUGCUAAACUAAAGGAAAUAGCUACCAUGACCGGAAAUUCUGUGAUGAGUAAGAAGAUAGAUAAGAUCAAGGGGAUGUUUGUGGCGUGUCGCCAGUCAGAAGCCCGCUACCUCAUCCGAUCCCUGGGAGGCAAACUGCGGAUUGGCCUUGCAGAACAGAGCGUGCUCACCGCCCUUGGCAACGCCAUUUACCUCACACCUCCUGGACAGGACUUCCCUCCCGCCGUGCUGAACAAAGGGAAGGGAGUUAACUCUGAGACCCUUAAACAGAGGAUGGAGGAGGCUGCUCUCACCGUCAAAACUACCUACUGUGAGUGUCCAAACUAUGAUGCCAUUAUUGCGUGUAUCCUUGAACAUGGUCUGGAGGAGCUGCCAAAGAGAUGUAAACUCACACCAGGCGUUCCACUUAAGCCAAUGUUGGCUCAUCCAACGAAGGGCAUCAGUGAGGUUCUGACGAGGUUUGAAGGCAAUGAUUUUACCUGUGAAUACAAGUAUGACGGAGAGAGAGCUCAGAUCCAUCUGUUGGAGGGUGGGGAGAUUCACAUCUACAGUCGGAACUCAGAGGACAACACAAGCAAAUACCCCGAUAUCAUCUCCCGGCUACCCCGCUGCCUUAAGAAGGGGGUCACAACAUGUGUACUUGACUGCGAGGCCGUUGCCUGGGACGCAGAGAAACAACAGAUCCUUCCCUUCCAGGUCCUCACCACCCGAAAGAGGAAGGAUGCAGAUGCGUCAGAGAUCAAGGUUCAGGUUUGUGUAUACGCGUUUGACCUGCUCUACCAUAACGGUGAGUCACUGGUGCGUGAACCCCUGCGUCGACGCCGUCAGCUGCUGCGGGACUCCUUCCAGGAAGUGGCAGGAGAGUUUGUAUUCGCAACGUCCAUGGUGUCCUCCAACACAGAGGAGAUAUCAGAGUUCCUAGAGGAAUCCAUCAAAGGAAACUGUGAGGGCUUGAUGGUGAAAACCCUGGAUGUUGAUGCCACAUAUGAGAUCGCCAAGAGGUCCCAUAACUGGCUCAAGGUUAAGAAGGAUUACCUGGAGGGUGUGGGUGACACCCUGGACGUGCUUGUGAUGGGAGCCUACCUGGGCACAGGAAAGAGGACAGGGCGUUAUGGGGGAUUCCUCCUCGGUUGCUACGACGAGGAAAACGAGGAGUACCAGUGCAUAUGCAAGAUUGGUACAGGGUUCAAGGACGAGGACCUUGAACAGCACUCUACAUUCUUCAAGGACCAUGUGAUAGCGAAGCCCAAGUCUUACUACAAGUGGGACAAGUCUGUGGAGUGUGACCAUUGGUUCGAGCCAGUACAGGUGUGGGAGAUCAAGGCCGCCGACCUCUCCAUCUCCCCUGUACACAAGGCCGCAGCUGGAAUGGUUGACCCUGAGAAGGGGAUCUCUUUGCGGUUCCCAAGAUUUCUGAGGAUCAGGGAUGACAAGAAGCCAGAGGAGGCCACACAGGCGACACAGGUAGCGGAGAUGUACCGCGGGCAAUCACAGAUUCAGAACCAGAAGGAAAACAAGUCAGCCAAACCUGGCGAUGAAGAAGACUUCUACUGAUAACAGUGGGCGAACAUUGUUUCUGGAUCUACUAGGUGUAAACUGUAGGGUCGUGACACUGUUUCCAGGCUUGUUGUGGUGUUGGAUGUCCAGUUAGCCAAUCCUAUCAUUACCAGCACUGGUCAGAGCUGUUUUGAAAGAACUCUUUCGUGCACAUAAUAUUAUUUUGUGAAUAGCACUUGAACGCUAUGAAGACAAGUAUUACAUUCAUUCUCCUUCUUCUGUAAAAAAAACAGUGCAUGUUCACAAGAAUUUUGUAUUAUUGAUUUUUUAAAACUUACAUGUAAGAUAUGCUAAUAUUUAUUUCUUAGAAAUGAAAUAUAUAACAAAUGUAAAUUAGAAUAUGCAUGAUUAUUGAAGAUUGCGGCAAAUGUUAUAAUGUCCUGUCAGUGCUCAUGUUAUUUGUAUGAAUAAACAUGUUAAAGGCUCA